AUGCCUAGCGCAACUGCCUCAGGGGCGAGCACAGGCGGCGACUCGUCGGCUCGCUCUCGCCAGCAUGCGCAAGGAAACCAGGGACGAGUAUACACAGAAGAACAAAAGGCAGCUGUUUUGCGUAUUCGAAAAUGCAACGUCACGGCCUUUUACGACAUUCUCGAACUGGAAAGCGUGAAAAAAACCUGCACUGAAUCAGACAUCAAGAAGGCGUACCGUAAACAGUCUCUUCUGACCCAUCCGGAUAAGAAUGGCCAUGAACACGCCGAUGAGGCUUUCAAAAUGGUCAGCCGCGCAUUCGGUGUUCUCAGCGACAAGGAUAAGCGCGACAAGUAUGACAGGUUUGGCACCGACCCUGAUAAUAGGUUCGCCAGUGCCCAAGCGCAGAAUCCAUUCUCUGGAUUCGCCUCGCGGCAGCCGUCAGGAGGAAUGGGCCGCGGUGGCGGAGGCAUGUGGGAGGAGGAGAUGAGCCCGGAAGAGAUGUUUGCCAGGUUCUUUGGCGGAGGCGGCGGUUUUGGUGGCGGUGGUCCGUUUGGAGCCUUCGACACAGGUCCUCAAUUUGUCUUUAAUUUUGGCGGCGGGCCCGGUAUCCGAGUACACCAAUUUGGCGGUGCAAGACCGAGACGACGACCACGGGAGGCGCAGGAUGCCGAACAACAACAACAACAAGGCGGAUUGCAAAAUUUGAUGACGUUGCUCCCCAUAUUGAUCUUCUUCAUCUUGCCCAUGAUCUCCUCAUUAUUUACCGGCGGCUCUUCGAGUCCUUCGAUCCGAAUGAACUACGACGAACCCCUUCCGCCUUAUACAGCUGAGCGCUUCACACCCAACCACAAAGUCAAGUACUAUGUCAACCCCAAAGACAUCCAAUCAUUUACCAAAUCAAAACUUUCGCAGCUGGACCAUACGGCGGAAAACAACUUCAUUCGCUUCCUGGACAACAAAUGCGAGCACGAAAAUAUUGCGCAGCGCCGCCUAAGAGAAGAUGCUAUGGGCUGGUUUUACGAAGAUGUGGAAAAGAUGAAUCAGGCGAAUGCAUACCCCAAACCGAACUGUGAAAGGUUGAGGUCAUUGGGAUAUAGACGGUCAUGA